AUGUACAGCCACAACCACGACAUCUAUUAAACUUACAUUUAGCUCUGGAACUAUUAACACUGCAACUUUCCCCCUAUAUGUAUUUUCUGUAAUUAUUUCAAUGAUUUGAGAUCAAUCAAUAUUUAGAUAAGCAAUAUUAAGAAUCCUUUAUCAGGUAAGACUGUGAAUACUAUAGAGCUAUAGACUCUAACUGGCUCAACUGUAUUAGAUACAACAACAUCGGCUUCAAUUACCUUUACAUCUUUGACAUUAGCUUCUUCAUCUGGUUCUUUGUCAGCCGCAACUCCAAUUGCCGGGAGUUACUCAUCAUUGACGAUAUAAGUUACAACAGGUACAGUAGUACCUAUGACUGGGAAAAUUGUAAUUAAUUUCCCCAAAUGGGAAGAUUCUACUCUUGGUAAGUCAUCUCCAGGAACAAUGCUCGAUUAAGUAGUUUCUUGUUCAGGCGGAGGCAGUAUUUUAAGCGCAUCUCCUACUUGUGCUGCUACUAUUGGUUCUAGUCAAGAUAAAAUUGUCGUAACAAAUCCAUUCGCUAAUUUAGCUAAUGAUCUAAGUGCAGGAAAUACUAUUUCUAUAACAAUAAAUAAUGUAAGAAAUCCACCAACGCUGAAGCCUUACUCAACAUAUGAAAUUCAAACUACAGACGCUAGUUUGAAUCCAAUUGAAACUUGUAGUGGACUUAAACUAACUUUAACAACAGUUGGAACAUUACCAGUUGAUACUAUUGUUAGAAUUAUCAACAAUCAAAUCGUGAAUUCAUUAGGAACUUAUAUGUUUAUCGUGACUACAACAAACCCUAUUCCUGUAGGAGGUUGGAUCAGAGUUAUUCUACCCUCAGAGGUGACAGCUUCAAGCACUCCUAGUUUUACAUCAUUGGUACCUGCACUCGCAUCAUCUCCAACAUUGACAAUGACAGGCACAUAAAUUGAUAUAAAAAAUUCUGUCUAGAAUUAUAUAAACGAAGGUCAAGCAUUUUCAUUUACACUAGCUAACAUACAAAAUCCAGUUUCAUCAAAAGCAACCUCUUCCUUUUAGAUAUACACAUUCGAUGAAUCGAAUUUCGGGAUCGAUAAAUAAAUAACUGGUUUAACUGUAUCAGCUUCUAGUUUAGGAUACGUCGUAGGCACAAGAUCAUGUCAGUUAUACGGUCUUACAGCAACUUACACUUGCUGGGCAGAAUCUUCAACCAAUACGAUCACAAUUUCAAAUUUCCUAAAGGCAAGUGUAGCAAAGUUGACUACCAUUACAUUUUCAAUUGGAAAUUUAUUGGUAAGAAAUCCUCCUACCACAAAAAUUGCACCAGCUUAUAAAAUUACCACACUAGUAAGUAGUUCCUCUGUUGACACUGAUAAUUCAGUAACUUACACGCCUACUGAAACUCUAAUAACCAAUUUCAGAAUCAUACCUAAUAGUAAUACCACUAACUAAGAAGAUGUAGUUUAUUAUUUCUACAUGAGUGUCCCUGGCUAUUUAUUACAAAACUCUUAUUUCACAAUUACUUUACCUUCUGAUGUAACAAUUUUCAAUACUAAUAAUCUGGUCAGGAAUUGUGGGAAACGGGGAUUAAUAGGAUUUAAAAAUUCUACUUCUUUAGACUGUACUGUUUCUGGCUAAAAAAUAACAAUAAAAAAAGGAUUCGUUUCUUCAGCUUCUGAUGACCCAGCAACUUUAGUAUUUUCUCUCCCUCAUCUCAGAAAUCCUAGAUCAUUAGCUUAAACAGGAUAUUUUACAGUUUCAUUUUAUGACAGUUCUGACAAGUAUCCAACAUUUAUAAUUGCUAAUGGUUCGAGUGUCUAAAUGGACAAGAUAAGUACAGUUAAAGGAGUAACAAUCAUUCGAGGUUCAAAAACUAAUGGAGCCCUAACAACAUAUAAUAUAUCAUUCUCUUUCGGCAACCAAGUUCAAAACAGUGAUAGCAUUUUCAUUACAUCAAAUUAAGAAAGCGGCCCAUUUUUUUCAAGUUAGACUAAGUGCUUAGGUAUAAGCAGCAAUUUCUAGACAACUAAUUAAGAUUUGAAAUGUACAUUGAUCAAUUCAACUAGCUUAAAGUUCACUCCUAUUCUUAAAUCAUCAAGAAUAUUGUAAACUAAUGGGUAAACAAGUCUUUCAACUUCUUUUACAGUUCAAGUAGCAAAUUUGUAAAAUCCUCUAUCGAGCAAACCUUCUAGUUCACUGAUGAUAUCAUAAUAUUCUUCAAAUAACUAACUUGUAGAAGCUGUAUACUUUGGUAUCACUGUAGUCAAUAAUUAAUCCAGUGAACUUUAGCCUUCUCAAUUUACAAUUCAACCCCAGAACUAUCAAGUGGGGAUCUAGACAAGCUAUAUAUUCACUUUCGAUCCUAAUAACUAUGUUCAAAAUAUGCAACUCUUUAUAAUAUUCCCAACAGAGAUUAAGAUGCCUUCUCAAGAUAAUGCAACAACUUGCACAGCAUUAUUUGGUGUUUCUUCAGAUUUUUCAUGUUUCUACAAUGCCACUAAUAGGACAUUAAGAUUAGUUGGAGCAUUUCCAUAUGAAACAGAACCUAAGAAGAUUUAGUUCUCAGUUAGUUAAAUUACAAAUCCUACUCAGAUAAUAAAAACAUCCUCAUUCCUUGUUUACACAAUGACAUCAGACUUCUACAUGAUCGACUUUAAAAAUACAAGCUUAUACAUUGAUUUUGCAUGCUCUUUACCAUGUAGGACAUGUAUACCAACAGAUAUUAAAGGCUGCUCAACUUGUUUUAAUCCCCUAACAGGUAACGCUUCUUUAACAAGCAAGCCCUACAUUAAUAAUGAGUAAUGUAUUGAAUAGUGCCCUAUUUCAACAUUUGCAGAUAAUAAUGAUUAUACAUGCAUCUCUUGUUAUUCAAAGCUGUGCACUUCCUGUAAAGGUUCAAAAGCCCUAUAAUGCACUAGUUGUGUAGAGGAGGCAACCUUGAUAAAUGGAAAUUGUGUAAAAUACAAUGACAUCCCCUAUUUCAUGCCCUUUUUCAUGUUUUCAUGUCUUUGGAUUAUUGUAGUAUUUAUUGUGCUCUUGGCUUGUCAUGAUGCCAAAACUUAAUUUAUUCCCUCAGCUAUCGUUGGAUGCAGUAUCUUUGAGUGGCUUUUGAUGUUUGUAGAAGUUGCUGUGUUUAAUUAUUAUGGAUUUAUUUUGAAUGCACUUAUUGUUGCUGGUGCAAUAGGACUGAAUUUCAUAAUAAAUUUUGGAUUUUUUAUUAGCUAUUUGAAAGUACUUAUUAAAAAUGAAUAGGUGAAGGAAAAUAAAAAUUCACAUAAAUUUACACAUAUAAUUAUUAUGAUAUUCUCAGUAUUUGCCUCUUCCAGAAUAUUUAAGCUUUUAUACUCAAAUUUUGCAGAUAAGAAUUCCUUAAAUAACCAAAAGAUGUUUGAUAGUUUAAGAAUAAAGAGAGUUUAUUAAGUCAUAAACUAUCUUUCUCUACUACCAACUUCGAUAUUACUAAUCAAUUCGAUUUAUAAUUUAUCGCUAAGUGCUGGACUUGAUUUGAAAUUUACAAUGCUUUUAUGCAUAGAAAGAAUUUUGCUUUCAUUAACUGUUACUGUGCUUUUGAUUUUAGAAUUCUUACCUUGCUUUUAAAAACGAUUGACAAAAGUUUAGAGAUUUUUGGAUUAAAAACUAAAGCCUUAUUACCCAUAAGAAAAAUAUAAUGAAUUAGGAAAUACAUCAAUGAUAACAAUGAUAGAUGCAGAUCCUGAUAAAAGUAGUGAUAAAAUCAUAUAGACAUUUGAUCAUAUUGACAGAAUAUCUGCUAUAAGGCAUUUAUUGAACAACCUAAAACAUGUUAAACCUUAGCAACUUGAAAAUAAACUUUAAUAAUUAUUAGAUGAGGAAGAAUAGAAGUAGUUGUCUCUGAAAUAAAGAAGAAAAUCUGAUCCUGCUCCAUUCUCUAAGGAUCACCCAAAGUCUCAUCAUUUUAAUAUUAACUAAAUGCAAAAUUCUACUCUUAAAAAUAACAUGACUUCUGAGAUAGGCCUUUUAGAUUUAAGUGAAAACGAUCAAGGCUAGGAAGAUGAUGCAGAAAGGAAAAUAAUGAGUUAUCCUCUGACUCCUACAAGGGAGAAAAAAUACAUAAUUAAUGAUCAGAGUGAAUAAUUUAUACAACAGCUGUAAUUUAAUGCAUAGCAACUAAGACUCGAUAGAUCAAUUACUACACCUUUCAAUGUAGAUACAUUUCGAUAAAAUAUGGAAUAAGAAAUUUAAAUGAGAGAUUAAGAAAUACAUAUGAGUAAAGAUCUUUCAAAGUAAACACUUGAAGAUGAGAUGCUUUAAAUAGAAAAAGAAAAAGCACAGCUUGCUAAGUUAAAUGAGGAGUUAAAGUAGCAAAGACUGGAGUUAGAGAAAGAAAGAGCUGAAAUUGAAAAAAUGAGAUUGGAAGGAUCUAAAUCAGCAAGAGGAUCAAGAAGUGAUAAAGACAAAUUGGAAGGGAUUGAAUAUGAAGAUUUGAUGGCAAAAAGUGUAAAAGGAGAAAAAAAAAGAAUUAAAUUAGCGAAUACAGAUCUGUUUGCAGUUAGAGAAACUGAAAAUGAAGAUGGAAUAAAUUCGAAGAAGAGAGCAACAUCAAUCGAUUCAAAUAGCCAGAGAAUUACUUAAAGAUCAAGAAACAAUAAGCUUGUGAACAAAGAUCGUUCUUAAAAAUCUAUUAAUUCAGAAAGGAAUCAUGGAAGUCAUUCACAUAGAUGCCACGGGCAUAGUUAGGCUACAAUAGUAUCAGUAAACAAAUUGAGAACAAAAGGAUUAGGUAGCCGAAGUUCCUCUAUCGCAGACUUCAAUAGUCCAAGUAAAAUUCAAGGUAAAAUUUCUACAAAUAGUCUCUUGAAUAAUCAGAAGAAAAGUAAUGCUGCCAUCAGUCAAACUAAGAAAGUUGGCACUAAAAUUUACUACAGCGAUAAGAGUGAGUCUAGUGUUGAUGACUUAAUGGAUGAGACACCAACAACUUAUAAUCUGGCCAAUGGAAGAUUGGAUGGAAAAUCAAUUGGAUUUAGAUUUGGAAGGAAUGUUCUACUAUAGGGGUAAUCACCUGAGAAAUUAGAUGUUUUUGUUGAGCAAUAAAGGAUGAAUGGAUAGAUGAGUGAUAGAAGUAACAGCAAUAAAAAAAUCGCUAAGAUCAAAAAGAAAAAGUUUAGAAAUGAUCCUGAUUCUGAGGACCUUGAUAAAAAUAGCAAUAUUAAUGAUUCAUCACUUUUCAAUUUAGAGGGAUCUCAAAACUUAAUUGAAGAUUAUUCAACACAGUCAUACAACAACAUUAGAGGGUAAAGAAGAAAUUUAAUCAAUUUACAGCCAAACUCCUCAUAUAUAGGAGUCAAUGAUUAAACGGAUCCAAAUAUCAACUCUAUGGUUACGAUGGGGGAAAAUAGCAACUAUUUUAUAGACAGAAAUUAGUCUUUGUAAAAUUAAGCUAAUACAAUAACAGGCUUGCUGUAUGGCAAUUAGAGAAUAGAACAAAAUAGAGCCACAUCAACAUUAAGUAAUAAAUCCAAUGCUGGAGUUGUUAAUUUCAGUCAAAGUAAGGGUUAGUAAAGAGAACGUAUCAAAGCCUUGGAAGUGGCCUAUUUAACUAAACUUGUACCUAUGAAAUCUCCUUAGAGAGGAAGUACUACCAAUCUAUUAAAUGCUAGUAAUAUGAGUGGAGUUAAUACUACCACGAAUGGACAAGCUUAGAGAAUGAGCAUUGCAGCUAGGACUACUAAUUUGACUCCAGAUAUAACAUCUAAAAUUACAGGAAUGCAAAUUAUACACCCACCUCAAAUUAAUAAUUUUUAGUAAUGA